AUGUUUUUAAUAAACUUUUGUUCAAAGCUUGGUCCCCAAUCCUGUGGCAAGACAAGCUUGGUGAAACUACUGGCUCAGCUGACUGGGCACCCACUUGUUGUGCUGCCAAUGAACAGCUCUAUGGAUACAACAGAACUUCUUGGAGGUUUUGAGCAGGUUGGUUUUGUUGUGCUGUCUCUUCUCUUUAUUGUUGUACAUUUGUUUAUUGUAAAUAAUUUUUUAUCUUUUUGGCAGGAUUACAGUCAUCAAGUAGAUAGUCUUUAGCAGUCUUUAGCAUCUAGUAAAAGUACAAAGUGGGUCAAACAUUUUACAUGUUACAUCAAGUAGAUUGAAUUGAGAUAUAAAUUUAGAUAAAUUGCAACAUCACAUUAACAUGGUAACCACUGUUGAGCAUCAUAAAAAUCCACACAAAUAAAAUGUAUAGGUACAGUAAGAAUGAUAACAUACACCAGUUAAUCAUUGUUCAAAAGUUAAUUAUUUUUAAAAUAAUUUAAAUUAACAAAAGAUUAGUCAAAAUAAAUGUAAGAUUAAAAAUGGGUUACUUAUAAAUUAUUUCUGAUGCUUGUAAAGCUUGUAUAAUUAUUCUAUUAUUAUAAUUAUUAUUAGUAUUAUUAUUUUUUUGCAAACCAAUGUUUUGUAUUUGUAGCCCAUUGUCAGAAAAAUGUUCUUAGUGAAGUCUUUGUCCAUAUUUUAUUAUAUCUGCGAAUUGCUCUCUUUAUAGAUAAAAUUGAAAAUACUUUUUAUGGUUAUAGCCACUUCAAUAUUUUAUAAAUAUAUUGUUAUGCUAAAUUAUAGAAGAGUAAAAUCUUGUCCAAAUGAUAUUUAUUUUUAUCUAGUUUAUCAUUUUUGAAUGAGUUUUUGUAAAAAUGUAAAAAAAUGUUUGAUCAUUUUGAUAUUCUUAAUGUUGGUGUACUUACUAUCAUACAUUUAUCGAUUUGAGUAAGACCAGUUAUUUACUUGUUCAUGUUCAAGAAAGCAUCCACUUAAUUUACAUGAUGAGUGUCUGACAGCCCCCUUCCUCCGAGUUGUAAUUUAUGAUUGUCUCACACUGUGGAGCCACGCUGUCGUUGUGUAUACUGUCUGACACGCUGUCGUAGCGCUCCCUCAGUGAGGUGGUCCUGACAUGGUUGGGGGUGAACUGCGGGGUGAACUGGAAGUUUUCAUUAUGAAAGCCUAUGCCCCCGCUUGCCCUGUGCAUGUUGUUGAUCUCCUGCCGUAUAGCCUCACCUGAUCUGGAGGUGGUCAUGGGUAUGGCGUUUGUGUACACAUCUUUGGUAACCUUUUCUCCCUUUGCUGUGUCGUAGUAGAUAAUUCCACAGAAAAUGGGUGUCGUGAUGGGAUGUGUCCAUGCCACAAUCAUGAGGAGCCUGUAAAUGUGUGGGGGCUGCUUGUAGUGUACAUCAAACAGUGUCAGCAGAAACAGUGGGUACCAGCAGAGCACAAAGGAAACGACCAUGCCCAUCAUGAUGGAGAUGCGCCGCAGGUAGCGGCGUGACUGGAGGAGGGCCUUUUGUGAAGCCAGGUCAUCGAACUCGUAGUGGACCUCUUCACUCUGGUCAUUGUACAUGGCGUUAUUGGGACUCAAGGAAGAUAAGGACUUGUGGAGGAAUGUCCACUUGCGGCUGUUUGCGCUUGAGCGGAGUUUUUUGUAGAAGUGAAAGAAACUGAUUGCGGCCACAAUGACGGCCCCCGUGACAAGAAUUACCCACAGGGCGUGUAUGACAUAAUUUUUAGUGACCCCAUAGCGAUAAACACAGUUUCCUACAUCUUUGCUGUACUCUGAACUGCCAGGUAAGAAGGCGACCCCAAGGUGGAGAAGUACUGUUGUAAACCAAAUAAUGACAACGCCGAAAGCUAUGCAGCAGCCAUCACCAUUUUUGUGAUAGUUUCUUCUUGUUGAAAAUGAACACUGGUAUUCUUCAUUGAUUAACAAAGCUAGCAAGUUGUACGCAGACACUGUCAUGAGCAGAAUAUACCCAGCUCCCAGGACAUCACAAUGGGGAAUGUCGGCACCAAGCAGAAGGCUGUACCCGAAGGGAAUGCAAAAUCCAGACUUGACGGCAUCCAGAAGACAGUGGUGGAACAGAAAUGCCGAUGACAUCUGUCUGAAUGUUGGACAUAUCAGUGUGACAGUCAUGGCAAAUAUAUUCCCCAGGCCUCCCGCCACUGCCACGAUAAACAGGAGAGCUCCCUCUGCUGUUGAGUGCAGGCUGUAGUUGGAUGUGUUGCCAUAGAGCAUUCCGCUGUCAUCAUACAAGUUGUUCUCCAGUAAAGUGUAAGCUGCCUUCAUGAUGUGUCACUUUCCCAGCUAUUUCCCCAGUGCUUCAGUGCAUUCUCAGCAAUGUUAAAGUGUCAGUUGGAAAUACUCAUUAUGAUUUAGGAUUUCCUGUUGACAGAAGAGGAAAAAUACAUUUAAUUAAUGGUGUGUCCAUUAUGUUAGCAUAUAGUAAAACAAAAAGAAUUUUUUGAAAUAAUGAUAAUAAUAUAAUUGCUUGGACUAUUCUUUAAGUCUGCUUUUAACAUGUAUUUUUUAGUCUGAUGUGUGGAGACAUAUUGCUGAAGUGGCAUCACAAGUUCAAAUUGCUGUUAGACAAGUAGAAAGACAAUGUAUUAUUGAUGAAGAUCCAAGACAAACAAUGAAGGUUCAGAGCUUAGAAAGAGACUGGGCUGAAUAUACAAGUCUGUCCACAUCAG